AUGGAGAAUUCCACUGAGAUUUGGUCUUUUGUACUGGCUGCCUACGGUAACAUUGGAGAGUUAAAAUACUUGUAUUUCAGCAUAAUGCUGUUCUGGUAUCUCUCCAUAUUGGCAGCAAACACUGUUCUUAUUGUGGUUAUAUAUGUUGACAGGCGAUUGCAUGAGCCAAUGUAUAUACUACUCUGUAAUCUAUUUGUGAAUGAAAUAGCUGGUAGCACUUCGGUAUACCCUCUCAUGCUCACACAGAUGUUUUCAGACACCCAUGAAGUGACUCUGCCAUGGUGUUUUCUACAGGUGUCUUAUCUCUACAUAUCUGCAUCUGUUGAGUUUUGUAAUCUGGCAGCCAUGGCCUAUGAUAGAUAUGUCGCCAUCUGCUGCCCUUUACGCUACAAUGUGAUUUUGAACACAGGGAGAGUCUUCAUGAUCAUUCUGAUGAUAUGGAUUUAUUCCUUCCUGAGUUUGAUAUUCACGUUUUCGUUCACCUUCCGUUUGAAAUUCUGUGGAAAUGUCAUCAACAAAGUGUUUUGUGAUUUCCACUUAGUGAUCCGACUUGCAUGCUCUGUUUCAGUAUUUAACAACAUUUCUGACCUGCUUUUUGCCUUGGCAACUAUUGCCAUCCCAUUUGGUCUCACUUCAAUCUCUUACAUAAAGAUUUUGGCUGUUUGUUUGAAUACUUCAAGAGAGAACAAGCAAAAAGCUGUAACUACCUGUACACCACAGAUUUUUUCACUGUCAAACAUGUUUCUUGGCUGCAUUUUUCAUUUUUUCGAUUCUAGACUUCAAAUUGCCCAAAUACCUGAUAAAUUACGCAUUAUUUUAUCUGUGUAUCUCCUCAUCUGCCAGCCGAUUAUCACUCCAUUUAUGUAUGGAUUCAAGCUACCCAAGAUAAAAAACUCAUGUAAAGCGUUUAUAUUUGAUAGAAAGUAA